AUGUCAACACCGUCACCAUUUUCACCAAACCAAACAUCCAACUUUACCGAGUCAAUUGAUGAUCUCGGCAUUGAUGAUAAUCAGUCGUUCCUAGUCGGCGGGCCAGAUUUUGAUUUACAUGGCUAUGGCCACUGGUCCACUGUUUUGGUUAUAGCCAUAAUAGGCACCAUUGGCAACAUCCUGCAGUUCAUAAUGAUGAGCGACUCCAAGUUAUCCCCCCUCUCCUACAGCGUGUACCUGAAAUUACUCACUGUGUCUGACAGUCUCGUCCUAAGUGACGCUUUAGCUCUACAGACUGAGUACUAUUUUAAAUUGACGAAGGUCCCUGACAUCAACGACGUCCUCUGUAAAAUUGUCACCAGCUACGAGGACUUCAUAAUGUUGCUGUCGCCAUGGCUAGUGGUAGGACUUACUCUCGACAAAUUCGUAUGCGUCUGUUUUCCGUUGAUACGGGGAAGAUUUUGUACGAAGAAGAAAGCCAUUGUCGUCUGUUCAUGUCUGAUUGGUGGAACCAUCCUGUUAAGUUUACCCAGUUUGGGUCUCAUGGAAAUGGGGAAUUACGGAUGUAUUCCGUCCGAUCUGUUACUCUAUUAUUCCAUGUUUCUUCGUCUGGUAAUGUCAUCACUACUACCCUGUGUUAUCAUACUGCUCCUCAACAUCGCCAUCAUCUCUCGCAUCAGACGCAGCAACGAGUUUCGGAACACCUUCACGAGACACACGAAAACGUCUACGAGAGAUAAUUCAACACGCCCCCUGAUGUUAGUCUCGGUACUGGCCUUCGUGACUUUGCUGCCCAUCUCGGCUUCACAGUCAAUCUCUCAGCUGUUCUACCUUCUGGAAGCAGACACAAAACCUGGGCUCAUAAUCUUCGGAUUGCGACCAGCGUUCCACAUAAUCUUCUUGCUAAAUUUCGGACAGAACUUUUUCAUCUUGAUGGCAAGUUCACGAAACUAUCGUCAGAUUAUGAAGAGAAAACUUGUAUGCUUGUCUGAGAAGGUGGAACGAACACACCAGAAUUUACCAGCUCUACAAUCUGUUGGAUCCGCAGAAACUACGGAUGCUGUUUCAAUGGCAAUAGUUAUUUCUAAUACCGCAUGUUCAGAAGUGCCAGUUCCCUAA